AUGGGACUUAGCGAGGCUAUCCCCAAUGCAUCCCCGGGAUCCUCUUGGAAUCCUCUGAACUGGGCUCCAAGUCUGCCUUCUCUGCCCAAGCUUUCGCUUCCUGGAGUCUCUUCCCUCCCUGGAUUGUCCUCGCUUCCAGGAGCUUCUCUCUUCGGAACCAAGGAUCAAGCCUGGUUUAAAUCAAUGCUCACAAAGUUUGGUCUCAGUGGAGUUUUGGCUACGGUUUUCAGUUUCUUUCUUUAUGUCGCUUACUUGAAGUUCGCCAAGAAGGAUGACAAAGGCGUCUCCGACUUGCUCAGGAACAAGGUUUCCGAAUAUGUCAACAAGAUCCCUGGAAUCGGCAUGCUUAGAAAGGUCCCUCUCCUGGAAAAGCUAAUACCGUCACCUGAAAGUUUGAUAAAUGUGCCUAAAGGCACACAGUCGGCUUUAAGUAGUAUUUCUGGAAUCGCACCUGGCAUAGCCUCGAAGCUCAACCCGGCUAAAUGGAAGAUUUUUAACAAGAAGAAGAUCGCCGAACAAGAGGACGAUGAGAACUACCAGGCAGGAGAGCCGUACGGUGACCCUACUGCCAUGGCCACGGGAAUCGCCACUGAUCUGAAGUCUAUGGGACUCAAGGGUGGGUUCAGGGACCUGCGCACACUCUUUGAGGUGGCCAAGACCAAGGGAAAGCCUAUCAAUGAUCGGGAUAUGACUAUGGAGAAGAUGAUUGCAAUUGCGACGUCCUUGCCCCGUACCUCUAAGGCGCGACGCAAACUUACUGGAGUUAUUAUCGACACUCUGUGGAAGAGCUUGCAGCACCCUCCUCUGAGUUAUCUGGGCAACAAAUUCCAAUAUAGAACCCCGGACGGAAGCUACAACGCUGGAAGCCCAUAUGCGAGAACAGUCCCCAAGAUGAAGCACCUGCAUGGUGUUCCCCCGGACCCUGGUCUUUUGUUUGACUUGCUCAUGGCUCGUAGCGAUGAUACCUUCAAGGAGAACCCAGCUGGUAUCUCAUCCGUUCUAUUCUACCAUGCGACGAUCAUUAUUCACGAUUGCUUCCGGACCAACCGUGUUGAUCCUAGUAUCUCGGACACCUCUUCUUACCUUGACCUCGCCCCCUUGUACGGUUCAAAUCUCAAGGACCAGCUGAGCAUCCGGACCAUGCAGCGUGGUCUACUCAAACCGGAUUCUUUUGCUGAGAAACGUCUCCUUGGACAGCCCCCUGGUGUCAAUGUGAUGCUUGUCAUGUACAGCCGUUUCCAUAACUAUGUCGCAGAUGUUCUCCUGAACAUCAAUGAAAAUGGUCGCUUCACUUUGAGACCUACCAACACGGAAGAGGACAAAAAGGCAGCUCUUGCACAGCAAGAUGAGGACAUCUUCCAGACUGCUAGGCUUGUUACCAAUGGUCUCUAUAUUAACAUCUCUUUGCACGACUACCUUCGUGGCCUCACCAACACCCACCACUCUGCCAGUGACUGGACCCUUGACCCCCGUAUUGAGGUGGGCCGAAUGUUUGACCCUGAGGGUGUCCCGCGCGGUAUCGGUAACCAGGUCUCUGCUGAAUUCAACCUCCUGUACCGUUUCCACUCUGUCAUCUCUCAACGCGAUGAAAAGUGGACAAACCAAUUCAUGCAGAAGAUCUUCCCGGACAAGCCACUCGAUCAACUCACCCCUCAAGACUUUGUUCAGGGUCUUUUGCGCUUUGAGCAGAGCAUUCCCGAAGACCCAGCAGAGCGCACCUUUGAUGGGUUGAAGCGUGGUGCGAAUGGCAAGUUUGACGACGCUGAGCUUGUGAAUAUCAUGAAGGAGAGUAUGGAAGAUCCUGCAGGUCUAUUCAACGCCCGAAUGGUUCCCAAGGCCCUCCGGAUGAUUGAAAUUAGUGGCAUUAUGACUUCCAGAAAGUGGAACCUCGCAUCUUUGAAUGAGAUGCGUAGCUUCUUUGGACUCAAACGCCACGAUACGUUUGAGGAUAUCAACCCCGACCCUCAAAUUGCUGACCUCAUGCGCAAGCUCUACGAUCACCCCGACAUGGUAGAAAUGUAUCCUGGUCUGUUCCUUGAGGAUGGAAAGCCUCGCAUGGAUCCUGGGUGUGGCGGCUGCCCUCCAUACACUGUUGGUCGCGCUGUUUUCAGUGAUGCUGUCAGUUUGGUGCGAUCUGACCGAUUCCUCACUGUGGACUACACGGCUUCAAAUCUCACAGCAUGGGGAUACCGGGAAGUCCAGCAGGAUUAUGAUAUCCUUGGAGGAUCGAUGUUUUGGAAGCUAUUCCAGCGUGCAUUCCCGGGCUGGUUCCCUUACAACUCGUUGCACUGCACACAGCCAAUGUUCACUCGCAAGAUGAACGAGCAGAUUGCACGUGAAAUCGGAACUAUUGACCAGUACACUUUGCAGGACCCAUCGCCUCCACCUACUCCCAACGUAGUCACCAAGUACUCUGCCGUGACUAAGGUUCUGAGUGACCAGAAGAACUUCCGCGUCGUCUGGGCCAAGAACCUCAACGACAUGACCCCUGGCAAGAAGUACGACUCAUACAUGCUGGGUGGUGAUGCUGCUGCGAAUACAGCCCAGAGGAACUUGGUUAAGGAAAUAAUGUUCAGCCCGCCUGAGUUUAUGCAGUUGCUUUCUCAAACAUCGAUGCAGGUUGGCAAGGAGCUCUUGGAUGAUGAGACUCUCAGCCUCGGCAAAGAUUUGAACCAGCUUGAUAUUAUCCGGGACAUCGCUAUUCCUCUGAAUACCCGUAUCAUGGCCGAUCUGUUCUGCUUGGACCUGAAGACCGAUGAAAACAAGGGAGGGAGUCUAAACUCUACAGAGCUUUAUACGCACCUUAUGAGUGUUCGCACUUUUGGCUUCAACAACUUCGAUCCUGCUCUGGCAUUGCGGCGCAGAAACGAAGCCCAUAAAGGGUCUAAGGUUCUUACUGAGACCACCCUCAAUGUUAUCUUGGGUGGAUCAAACCCAGUCAGCGAUGCCCAAGGAAUUGUAUCCAAAACCGCUGGAGCCAUUACCGGGGCUGUGACUAGCAUCACGUCAAAGAUCCCUUUCGUCGGUGGUAUUCUCAGCAAGGCCAACAAGAAAGCUGAAGCAAAGACUGGAUCUUUGAGGUGGUAUGGCCAGAACGUCGUCAAGGAACUUAUCUCCGCUGGAAAGUCUCCAGAGGAAGCUGCCGACAUUUGCUGGUUGACUGCGGUCGCUGGCGUUGGUGCGCCAAUUGGAAUGUUUGCCGACGUGCUGAACUAUUUCCUACAAGAGGAGAACUCGCAGCACUGGGAGGCAAUCCAAAACUUGUCUUCAAGCUCGGAUCCCGAGUCUGCUGACAAGGAGCUACGGAAAUAUGUUCUUGAGGCCCAGAGACUUACUAGUAAUCAGCGGGACAUCCGUGUCUGUGUCAGCGAGACCACCGUUGAUGGAAAGACUUACAAGCCUGGUGAUGUGGUUAUUGCUCUAUUUGGCCCCGCAUGCAAGGACGCUGAUGCCAUCCCUGAGCCGGGUCAGUUCAAGCUUGACCGGCCAGAGAGCGCCUACAUCCACUUAGGCUACGGGCCUCAUGCCUGUCUCGGCCGCGAAAUUGCCAUUACCUUCAUCAGUUCCCUUGUCAAGGUGUGUGGCAGUCUGAAGCACCUUCGGCCCGCUCCUGGUAAAAUGGGAGCUCUGAAGCAGAUUCAGAUCAACGGCGACAGGGCGUAUCUCAACGACAGCUGGUCAUACCUGACCACCGACCCAACGACCUGGAAGGUUCACUUCGAUGGCGUGGGCAAAGGCGUAUUCCGCGCUCCCAAGCUUGCUGCUGCUGUUGCCAGUGACAUCAACUACAAUGCUCUGAAGAAGGAGCAGGACGAGUUGAUCAAGAACAAACUCUCCCAGGUCAUGCCCAACGGCCCUGAUGCGUCGCAGUACGUCACUGACACCGCUGACCCCACCAAGCCAGCGACUUACAGCGAAGCCGCUGGUGCAAGGGUCCCUGUGCCCAAUGGUGGUCCCCCAACCAAUGCCGUUGAUCAGCAAAGCAGCAUGCCAGGCUAUCAGGGUCUUCCGGAUGGUCAACCGCAACAGAAACCUCUCACUAAAGAACAUCCCGGGUUUUUCAACGAAGCCAUCACUGAAUUUGGUGAAAUUAGCCAGAAGACAGUAGGCACUGCUCACGACCUCGCCCACGGCUUCGUCAACAGCGUGCCCGGAGGAAGGUCGGCUUCACAGUUCACUCACGGAAUUGCCCAAGGCUUCAUCCCUGGUUCCGAUGGUCCUAGCGAGCAGAGAUAA